AAAGCUAGGGUUUCGAAAUUUUGAAUGCUAAGGAAUUGCUUCAUUUUUUCUUAGAAAACUGCUUGGAUUAUGGAAAGGGGUAGGAGAGACAGAUUCGGUGAACUCCCGGCUGAAGUACUUGACAUGAUCUUAGGAUUCUUGCCCAUUGUAGAUGCUGCUAGAAUGGCUGUUUUAUCAUCUCUGUGGAAGGAUUCGUGGUUUAGUCUUUCAAAUCUCUGCUUUGAUCUACACUUCUUCUCUCACAUUGAUAGCAAAUAUUUCUCGUACUAUUGCGAUAGUGAUAUCAGGGACAAGAGAGUCAUAUACGACAAUGAAAACAUUGAUAUAUUAGUCUCCGUGUUGAAGAAAUUCGCCUUAGUUUUUACCAAGAAGAUGAGUUCUUACUGCCGAACUGCGUCUUUUCAUGCCCAACACUCAGGAGCUGUUGAGUUUGAGCCUAACGGUCUUCUAGGUCAUACAAUUGAAGCUCCUAUGCUUGAGGAUCUCUCAUUUUACGCAUGUUCUCAAACCAUGUUCUAUUUUAACGUAAAUGCUCCAAAACUGUGUACGUUAACAAUUCAAAGUUGCUCCUAUAAUCAAAACAUUGGUUAUCUCCCUGAUAACUCGACCUUCUUGGAAAAUGUUCGUACUCUUGUUUUGGAUCCUUUCUCAAUCAUGUAUUUUUUGAAACCGUUUAGUAGAAGUGGGAUAUCACUACAACGGUGUGAACUAAAUGUGGAGUGCCUGAAGCUGCUUGAUGACCCACUACAUUGCGACCCAGAGAGGGAGUGGGUUGUAUAUCAUGAUAUUUCUUUUGCUUUCAUUCGUUUGCUGCAAAUCUGCCCAAAACUGUGCAAACUUCAUAUGCAUAUACAGGUUGUCGAAGUGGUGGCAAAUUGUUUAAAGAGAGACUCAGAACUUUCAAAGGAACUUUAUUGUGUGGCUCAAACACUCAACUUGCUUCACACUUUGAGGGCGUGAGUUCUUUAAUCCUUGCACGUGAUAUUUUGUCAAAAAAUCAAUUCAAUCAAAAGUUUAAGUUUGUAAUUGUGACUCAAGAAAGGAUUUUGUAUACU